CGAUGAUAAUCAUAUCCAAAAGCUUCCCUGUUCCUGCGUAUCCACAGUAGAAACAUGUCUUCGAGGUGACACUGGCUCCUUUCUUCCGCUUACCCAGCCUUCACUCUUCCUGUGCCACGACAUACUCCCACAAUGGCAGCACCACGAACCCUCCCCCGUCUCUUCCGCGGACCAACCCACCGCCUCGCGAACCUCCAACAACGCCGAACCUUCCUCUCAAACCCCUUCCAAUCUUCGCUCAACCCCCUCGCCGGCCCCGCGCAACCGCAAACCCUCACCGCGAAGCGAAUCCUCUCCUACCCAGCCGCACCCAUCUACUCCAUCGUCUCCGACGUGCAAAGCUACUCCUCCUUCCUCCCCUACUGCCAGUCCUCCGCCGUAACGCGCUGGUCCGCGCCCGACUCCACAUACGCGCGGAAAUGGCCCUCGGAAGCAAGCCUCGUCGUGGGCUGGGGCAAUCUGACCGAGUCGUUCACCUCGCGCGUGUUCUGCGUGCCAGGCCGGAUAGUCGAGAGCAUUGGCGGAGACACGGAGACGAAUCUGAAUGCGAAGGACAUUGCGCAUCAUAUGGAAGGGGCGCAGAACAACAACAGGGGCGCGAGGGGCGCGGGGAGCGGGCUGAUGACACACUUGCGGAGUCGCUGGACGAUUGAGGCGCUGGGGGAGAACGAGACCGAGGUGUCGCUGGCGCUCGAGUUUGCGUUUUCGAAUCCCAUGUAUACGGCGCUGAGUGCUGGGGCGGCGCCGAAGGUGGCGGAUAUUAUGGUUAAGGCAUUUGAGGAGAGGGUGCAGACGCUGCUUGAUGGAAACCCCGAGGUGGCGAAGGCGGAGCUGGGGAAGCUCGAGGGUAGUGCGCUGAAGAGAUAAUGAGAGGAAGAGGGUAUUUUGUGUGCGGAUUGUGCAGGACGGCAUGUGUGGGCGUUCUCUCUACGGUGCAUAUAGCAUAGCGUUCGAUGCAUCAAAGAUACAAUUUGUUCAAGA